UAGUACAGGAGAUUACCAGAGACUGCGGAUAUAGUACAGGAGAUGACCAGAGACUGCGGACACAGUACAGGAGAUGGACCAGAGACUGCAGACAUACUACACGAGAUGACCAGAGACUGCGGACAUAGUACAGGAGAUGGACCAGAGACUGCGGACAUAGUACAGGAGAUGACCAGAGACUGCGGACAGUACAGGAGAUGACCAGAGACUGCGGACACAGUACAGGGGAUGACCAGAGACUGCGGACACAGUACAGGAGAUGACCAGAGAAUGC